GCACACUUGCCAUCGCUCGCCUCCCUUGCCAUCAUCACGAGCACCACCAUCCUUUCUGCUCCUCUUUCUGUCACCAAUCCGCCGCCGACAGAGUGAAUCCACCAUCCACGUACAUCGCCGCCGCCGAAGCAGCUCAGUGGCCCUCGCGUCCCGAUAACUGAUUGCACCAGAGACAGACGAGCCAUUAACACCGCCAUCAUGAGCGCGGAACCUGAUCACGCCGCCAGCAAGGCCAAAGCAAAGCUGGACAACGAUCCUUCGGGUGGUGAGAAGCGCGAUGAGAACGAGGUCGCCACAGCCAUUCUCAAGAAGAAGAAGAAGCCGAACAGCUUGAUUGUCACAGACGCCACCACAGACGACAACUCCAUCCUCGCGCUAUCGAAUAACACCAUGGAGACGCUGCAGCUCUUCCGCGGUGACACUGUGCUCGUCAAGGGCAAGAAGAGAAAGGACACGGUGCUGAUCGUUCUCGCCGACGAUGAUCUCGACGAUGGAUCGGUACGCAUGAACCGUGUCGUCCGACACAACCUCCGCGUCAAGCUGGGCGACGUCGUCACUGUCAACCCAUGCCCCGACAUCAAAUACGCCAAGCGUAUUGCUGUCCUGCCCAUGGCGGAUACCAUCGAAGGUCUCACUGGCUCGCUGUUCGACGUCUUCCUCGCACCAUACUUCCGCGAAGCUUACCGGCCACUCCGACAAGGCGAUCUCUUCACUGCGCGUGCUGCCAUGCGAACAGUGGAAUUCAAGGUCGUCGAAAUUGACCCCCCAGAGUAUGGCAUCGUGGCACAAGAUACCGUCAUCCACUGCGAAGGCGAGCCUAUCCAGCGCGAGGAUGAGGAGGGCAACCUCAACGAGGUCGGCUACGAUGACAUUGGUGGCUGCCGCAAGCAAAUGGCACAAGUCAGAGAGCUUGUUGAGCUGCCACUGAGACAUCCCCAGCUCUUCAAGUCUAUCGGUAUCAAGCCCCCGCGUGGUAUUCUCAUGUACGGUCCUCCCGGUACUGGUAAGACGCUCAUGGCGCGUGCUGUUGCCAACGAGACUGGCGCGUUCUUCUUCCUCAUCAACGGACCAGAAAUCAUGUCGAAAAUGGCUGGCGAGUCCGAGUCGAACUUGCGGAAAGCUUUCGAGGAGGCGGAGAAGAACAGCCCGGCCAUCAUCUUCAUUGAUGAGAUUGAUUCCAUUGCACCGAAGCGAGAGAAGACUAACGGCGAAGUUGAGCGCCGUGUCGUCUCCCAGCUACUUACUCUCAUGGACGGCAUGAAGGCUCGCUCGAACGUGGUUGUCAUGGCUGCCACUAACCGCCCCAACUCGAUCGAUCCCGCCCUGCGUCGUUUCGGUCGCUUCGAUCGUGAAGUCGACAUUGGUAUCCCAGACCCGACCGGCCGUCUCGAGAUUCUUCAGAUCCACACCAAGAACAUGAAGCUCGCUGACGAGGUCGAUCUUGAGACUAUCGCUGCUGAGACUCAUGGCUACGUCGGUUCCGAUAUUGCUUCGCUUUGCUCAGAAGCCGCCAUGCAACAAAUUCGUGAAAAGAUGGAUCUGAUCGACUUGGAUGAGGACACAAUUGACGCCGAAGUGCUCGAUAGCCUUGGUGUCACACAAGAGAACUUCCGCUUUGCCCUCGGCGUAAGCAACCCAAGUGCUCUCCGCGAAGUCGCAGUCGUGGAGGUUCCAAACGUGCGAUGGGACGACAUUGGUGGUCUCGAGGAUGUCAAGCGCGAGCUCGUCGAGAGCGUGCAGUACCCAGUCGAUCAUCCCGAGAAGUUCCUCAAGUUUGGUCUCAGCCCAUCGCGCGGUGUGCUCUUCUAUGGUCCUCCCGGUACUGGUAAGACUCUUCUUGCCAAGGCGGUCGCCAACGAGUGUUCCGCCAACUUCAUCUCGGUCAAGGGACCUGAACUGCUCUCUAUGUGGUUUGGAGAGUCGGAGAGCAACAUUCGUGACAUUUUUGACAAGGCCCGUGCUGCUGCUCCUUGUGUGGUGUUCCUCGACGAGUUGGACUCCAUCGCCAAGUCUCGUGGCGGAUCUCAGGGCGACGCUGGUGGUGCUAGCGACCGAGUCGUCAACCAGCUCCUCACUGAGAUGGACGGCAUGACUAGCAAGAAGAAUGUCUUCGUCAUUGGCGCUACCAAUCGACCAGAGCAGCUCGAUAACGCUCUAUGCCGACCGGGUCGUCUCGAUACCCUCGUGUACGUCCCACUACCCGACCAAGCUGGCCGUGAGAGCAUCCUCAAGGCUCAGCUCCGCAAGACGCCCGUUGCCAGCGAUGUCGACCUUUCCUUCAUCGCUUCGAAGACCCAUGGCUUCUCUGGUGCCGAUCUCGGCUUCAUUACGCAGCGUGCCGUGAAGCUCGCGAUCAAGGAGAGCAUCUCGAUCGCCAUUGAGAAGCAGAAGGAGCGUGAUGCUGCUGCAGGAGAGGGAGACGAUGAUACAAAGAUGGAUGAGGACGUUGAAGAUGAGGACCCCGUCCCAGAGCUCACGAGGCGCCACUUUGAGGAGGCUAUGGCAUCGGCUCGCCGUUCGGUCACGGACACUGAGAUUAGGCGGUACGAGGCAUUCGCUCAAAGCAUGAAGACGUCUGCUGGUGGGAGUGCAUUCUUCCGCUUUCCGGAGGAAGGUGCUCAGGGAGCCGCAGCAGAGGCGCAGCAAAACGGCGCUGGCGAGGAGGAUCUUUACGACUAGGCGAAGAUCACGUUUGGCAUGUGGUAAUGAACUCGGUUUCUCGCGGCAGGUUCUGAAUCGCGUCAACGUCUCUGCAGACAGCAAGUGAUGCGAAGACUUGCGGCGACACUCAUAUGGGAGGCGUUACUCUUGGGGCGAUAUGAUAGAAUGUCUCGAUAGUUCGCCAUCAGUGGCGAAAUAGCGGUUACAAUGCAUGAAAAUCAUCCAAAUUUAUGUAUUAACCUCGUCACCUUUAGUCAUGGCUCAUGGUCGUGACUGCACUCAUGGAUUUAUUCAUUUACAACAA